GUUACAAACCACGAACAUAUCUCUGUCGUUUGGCAGAGAACCUCACUUCAGUCUUUCCUUCAGGUCGCCAGCGAUGUUUACUGUACUAUAGAUUGAUUUCCUCUUUUAUUUCAACUUUCACUUCCACAAUAGACAGCGUCAGCUCCGCAACCCGCCAGGAUGAACACCAUGGCCUCGCGCGCCCUGCGCACCUCCUCGCACCUCCAGCAUAACUCACCACUCGCCAGCAUCUUCCUCCAGCACAUCAACACCUCAAUCCCCCUCAGCCAGCGCCACACCUCUCGCACCUACUCAACCGAUACCACUGAGUCCCUCACGACGGAAAAACCCCGCAACAACCGCCUCAACCCGCCCACCUCAACGCUCCCCCCACCCCUCGUCAUUCCCCCGAAGAACCCCGACCAAUCCUUCUUCCGCACCCUCUUCAACCAAGGAAAAGGCUACCUCACCUUCUACAAAACCGGCGCCCAAGCCAUCUUCACCAACCUCUCCCUCUCGCGCGCCCCGCAAGAGCUCGUCGAUAAGAAAUACAACGGCGCCGUCUACGAAGCCGUUCGCGACCGCAACUUCAGCCGCGCGGAUUACCAGCUCCUCCUCCGCUCGUGGCACGACAUCAAGCGCCUUCCUGUCUUCGGACUGAUCUUUAUCGUCUGCGGGGAAUUCACCCCGCUCAUCGUCUUCGCCGUCUCCAGCGUCGUGCCGUACACAUGUCGCGUCCCGCGCCAGAUCGAGGCGGAUCGCGAGAAGGUCGAGGCAAGACGCAAGACCUCGUUCCGUAACUUGACAAUGGCGUUCACGCCGGGGAAGGAGCUGGAGAGGGAACAGCUGCUGCAUAUCUCGUGGUCGUUGGGCUUGUCGAGCAAGAAUUGGGAUCAUAUUGGUGGCACACCGAUGACGCUGUUGAAGGGGCGCGUGGCGAGGCAUGUUGAGUAUCUGCAGACGGAUGAUAGGUUGAUUAGACGCGAUGGGGUGUUGGGUGAUUUGGAGACGGAGGAGGUUGCGAUUGCGUGCGCGCAGCGCGGGAUUGAUGUUGUUGGGCGUAGUGAGGAGCAUUUGAGGGAGAUGUUGGAGGGAUGGAUGGCGGCGAGUAAGAAAACGCCUGUGGAGAAGCUGCUGCUGACGAGACCGAAUGUCUGGCCAGUGCCAGCGAAGAAGGACAACUGAUUUCCAAGCACAACGGACACAUUACGGUAUUUGGGCAUUAACGGCAUCCACUCUGAUUUUUGGGACAUCUGUAUUAUCAUCUACUACAUCAGCCGCGAUAUCCCAUCUCUAUGUACACUAAAGCCAUCCCGCACGGAGGCGUUCAGGAAGAUAGACGAGCUCAUCCGCUCAAUUGAGCGGAGGGAACGAACAAAAUAAGAGAGCUCAGAAAGGGCAACUCUAUGUAGAACACCAUAUCCAGCUCAGAUAUAUUUAAUGUACCAUAAGCUAUAGCUCCCAAUGCACCUCAAUGCACCC